ACGAUCUUACCUUACACGAAACAGAAACUGUUCCAUUCAGCAUUCUGAUCUACUUUUUACACGCAUUUUGAUGUUCCCUCUGCAGAUUUCUCCCCCACCUCACGUCACAUACCUCUUCAGGUUUAUGACUAUUUUCGCAAGAUCUCUACUACCAACCGACGGUUUUGAACUUUUUUGUAUGUCCUAAAGUAGAUUAAUCUUCUUGCGUUCUCACAUUCCCAUUUACAUUUCACUGCUUACUCCGGUCUUUCUACUUAACCGUCUAGCUGCAUCUUGGCUGAUUUGUUCUUACUUUUCGGCUUCGAUCGCCUUUUUGGAACCUCUGCGACCGACAAAGUGCUAUCAAUGGAGGACGCUAACCGGAUAGAAGCCCCGACGGGUGCUCAGGCGAAAUUAUAUGUACUUCUUGAUCAAGCCUCUUUGGAAUCCGUUAAGGCUGCUGGGGGGAAGGAAUACCAACUUCUUAAUCCGGACAAACACAAAGAUCGUAUAUCCAAGACGGGGCAAGAUAUCUCUAAUGUCAGACCAGACAUUGCUCAUCAGUGUCUUUUAAUGCUACUCGACAGUCCGCUGAACAGAGUUGGUAGGCUCCAGGUUUAUUUGCGAACUCGGAAGAAUGUCAUCAUCGAAGUAAACCCCAAAAUUCGCAUUCCUCGAACAUUCGAUCGUUUUUGCGGCCUGAUCGUGCAAUUGCUUCACAGAUUGUCGAUUCAUGCAGCCACCGGUAGCCAUGAAAAACUUCUCAAAGUUGUCAAAAACCCGGUCACCAGGCACUUCCCUCCGGGCAUUCCUAUCAUUGGUACUUCCUUCUCCGCUGCCGAGUGUGUGAAACCUCGCGCUCUUGUACAAGAGCUCCAGAAGUGCGGUCAGCAGUCAGUGGUGCUUGUCAUCGGUGCCAUGGCACAUGGAAGCAUCGUGGACACAUGCAAAGAAUUCUUGUCCCGAGUGGUUAGUAUAAGCAAUUUCCCACUCUCCGCCGCACAAACAUGUGCCCGGAUAUGCACCGCUUUCGAAGAAGAGUGGAAUAUCGAAGAAUUUGUCCAACAACAGAUUUGUUGACCUGUGUAUAGUUGAUUUUGUAAAUACACCUAGUCGAUGUAUUUUGCAAAUUACUUUCGUCUCGUUUGUUUCAGGUAGGGACCUAACUCACGGUUGAUAUGGCACUGCUAAUUGGGCUGUUACCAUUCAAGUGUCACAUGUUACGUGCGGUCUCUGUUCCCGGG